CAUCCAAACAGCAUCACGAAAUUAGAAAACAACGAGAACAAGAUGUCAGUCACUCUUUAUUGUUAGAGAUCUUUAUUUUCUGAAUUUUCGAGAAAAUUUUUGUAAAUCAAGUAAACAAAACAAGAUGCUGCUGGGGAAGAGGUCGAGGCCGCCGAUGAAGAGGACGACGAGCAUGACGGAGAUCACUUUCGAUCUAAACACGUCCGCAGUUGAAGCUCCACAGUCUGAUCCACACAACCCCUUUAACAAUACCCACCAAAAGGCCAUGGAAAUUUACGGAGGUGGGGCUGAAGGCAGUGGCCUUGAGGGGUUGGAUCAGCGGUUCUUGAACUCGAUGACGUCGUCGAGAAUGCAUAGGAGACACUCCGGUGAUUUUGCCGGAACUUCUCACUUCUUGCGGGCUUGCUCUCUAUGCAAGCGACGCCUUGUUCCUGGCCGUGAUAUCUACAUGUACAGGGGAGAUAGUGCUUUUUGCAGCUUAGAGUGCAGGCAACAACAGAUGACCCAAGAUGAGAAAAAGGAGAAGUGUUCCUUGGCAUCAAAGAAACAAGGUGCCGCUACUGGAGCCGCAUCCUCCGCUGCUGGAUCCACCAAAGGUGAGACUGUGGCUGCCGUGUAGAACCCAACCACCGUACGCUUGGCCUAAUCGGAACGAGAACUACUACUGCUUAAGAAAGUAAUUAAUGUUAUUACAUGGGCUGGAUUUUGAAUGUGAAUUAACAUCUUCAAGUCUGUACGUCUUCCUAUUUUCCUCUUUUUGACUUUGGUUUUGUUUUGGAAAUUGGUAGUAAUGGAAGAAAUUUGCAGAUUCACA